AUGGAAGAAGAUAACUCUCUAAGCCCUUUGAAGAGACAACGAACAGAGCUAGAAUGCGCAAUAGUACAGGAAAAUAAAAUGUGUAAAUUGAGCCCAGCAAGCAGUGAAAGUUAUUCUGAGUAUAGAACUCCGCCUGAAUUUCCUUCAGAUGAGAAGAAAAUUAAAUUAUCUCCGAAAGAAGAAAAUGAGACUGAUGUUGGUGAUGAAAUGGAAAUACAUCAUGAAGAUCCAAAAAAUUCAGAUUCAACUGAAAUAUUGACUUCACAAAAUAAAUUAGCAGACGAAACUCAUACUCCUACUGAGAUAAUGGGUGAAAUGAGUGAUAUAGCGGAUCUUAAAGAUGUCCCUAAACAAGAAGAAACCACAAUAAUUAUCGAUGGGCAUAUAAUCAAAGUAACACUUAAUAAACCUUAA